AUGUCAGGUCAAGCACAGGGACGGAAAAUUGCCAUUACCGACUCCAGCGGUCACGUUGGACGACCGACUAUCGAGGGCCUUCUCGCACAAGGCAUUCACACCAUUACUAUUGUUCAGCGAAUCGAGGCAACAAGCACAUUUCCACCUGAAGUCAUGGUCAAAUCUGGAGGUCUGAAGGAUGAGUCUCUCUUGACGAGCGCCUUUCAAGGACAAGAUGUUGUCGUGCUCAUGCCGCCUCUCCCUCAACUUGUCAGUCUGCAAGAGCCAGCAGUUCGAGCAGCAGCAAAAGCUGGAGUUCCAUAUAUCCUACCUGCAGAUUUUGGUCCAGACCCUUUCGCGUCAAAGCCCAUAGAGGAGAACCAACUACUGCAAGACAAGAAGAAGAUCCGCGAUCUGAUUGAGGAACUCGGUGUGAGCAGCUGGAUCUCAGUAGCUGUUGGCCCGUUCCUCGACAUGAACAUCAAAAGUGGUCUUUGGGGCAUCGAUGUUGAGAACCGCAAAGCUACGAUUUGGACUGGAGCCGUUGGCAAGGUCAACGCGUCAAGUGUUGCACAGACUGGUCAGGCUACAGCUGCAGUAUUGAGCCUCCCAGGACAGGACUUGUCCCGGUAUAAGAACAAGGCUUUCUAUGUCCCAUCAUUCCAUCUAACCCAGAAGAAGCUUCUACAAGCAUUUCAAAAGGCAACAGGGACGGCGGACCAAGACUGGGAGAUAGACUACCAAGAUAUGAAUGAUGCACUGAAAGAUUGUAACGACAAGAUUCAGCAGAAAGAUGCCACUGCCCCAUUUGUCAAGUUCUUCCUUACUCAUUUCCGGGAGGGGAGUGGAGGAGACUUUGAAAGCAAGGUCGAUGCCAGUGAGGUGAAGAAGCUGCACGAAAUCGGGCUUCAGAAGGAGGCUGUCGACGAUGUGCUCAAAAGGACUGUGUCAUAA